AUGCAGGGCUGGCGGUGCUGGCUGCUGCUGGCGGCACUGGGCUGGCUGCUGCCGGCGGGGGCCACGGCCAGCGGAGAGUACUGCCACGGCUGGCUGGACGGGCAGGGCGGCUGGCGGGACGGCUUCCAGUGCCCCGAGCGCUUCGACGGCGGCGACGCCACCAUCUGCUGCGGCAGCUGCGCCCUCCGGUACUGCUGCUCCAGCGCCGAGGCGCGCCUCGACCAAGGCGCCUGCGACAACGACCGGCGGCAGGGCGGCGGCGAGCCGGGCCGCCCCGGCAAGGACGGCCCCGACGGCGCGGCAGUGCCCAUCUACGUGCCAUUCCUUAUUGUUGGAUCUGUAUUUGUUGCCUUCAUCAUCCUGGGGUCGCUGGUAGCUGCUUGCUGCUGCAGAUGCCUGCGGCCCAAGCAGGAGCCCCAGCAGAGCCGAGCCCCUGGGGGCACCCGCCUGAUGGAGACGAUCCCCAUGAUCCCAAGUGCCAGCACCUCCCGGGGCUCCUCCUCACGCCAGUCAAGCACUGCUGCCAGCUCCAGCUCCAGUGCCAACUCGGGGGCAAGAGCCCCUCCGACCAGGUCCCAGACCAACUGCUGUUUGCCCGAGGGGACCAUGAACAAUGUCUAUGUCAACAUGCCGACGAACUUCUCGGUACUGAACUGCCAACAGGCUACCCAGAUCGUGCCACACCAGGGGCAGUACCUGCACCCCCAGUAUGUGGGCUACACUGUGCAGCACGACUCGAUGCCGCUGACCCCUGUGCCCCCCUUCCUCGACGGUUUGCAGAGUGGCUACAGACAGAUCCAGUCUCCCUAUCCACACACCAGCAGCGAACAGAAGAUGUACCCAGCAGUGACUGUGUAGCACUGACGCCCUCCUCCCCCUCCCCACCCAGCAGGUUUUCAUAUCUAAACUGAGUGGUGGAAAAAUACUUCCUUGGAAUGAAGCUUCCAGAACAUCACUUGUAAAUAACUUUGAGAGGCUCAUGCAUGUCAGACAGUGUUUAUAAACCAUUUAUUUCCAUCGGGGUCUGUUGCCAGAAACUGUAGGAUGAUAUCUCUGAAUUAACAUUGCCAGAUCCGCUCUCAUUCCAGUGCAUGAUUUACAGUGCCGAAGGAUUACGCUGAAAAUCCGUAUGUAUUUCAGAUCGCUGUACUUGUGAGAUAAAUGCGGGAGCCAUUAAGUGCCCUUCAGGUACGACGCAUUCAGCAGUAUUUGCCUAAUUAAUUCGUAGAAAGAGUUUUGUUACACUGUAUGAGGCCGCAGUACUUAAGGAACCUCUUUUCUUCUCUCCCAGCUUCUUAAUGACAUUUCCUGUUGCUUUACAGACAAUCACAACCGAGUGCCAACCAGUGCAAUCCCUGCUUGCUGGGUGCUGGUUCGAGCCCCAUGGCUUACCAUCCCUGGUUUGGGGUGAGAUGCCACAGAAGGCUGUCUUGCAAAGACCAGUGUUCCUUGUCCCUGGUAUUUAUGUAGGAAUUAGAAGAGUGUGAACUGCUCAGCUCUUCCAGUGACUUGAAACACUUCUUGAUUUGGUUUUGUCUCAAGAUCAGGACCCAGUAGUGGUUUGCACAGACUUUAUGAACUUGUAACUAAGAACAGGGUACGAGGUGCUUGCUCUUCCUGACACAAAGCUUUUGGUACGAGCUGGCAGGGGCUGACCUGAACCUGCCUUUGCAGAGAAAGGUCGUACUGUGACUCUGAACACGCCUGCUGUAACCUCACUUCCCAUGAAACACUAAACCCGUGUGAGCGCACACAAAGUUGUGCCCUGCCUGCAAUCGAGUCUGACCGCUUGAAAAUGGACUUUGUCCCCCUCCAGCCCUCUGUGAGCACCAGCUCUGUGGGGCUGGGGAGGGAUCUCACACAAAGCUAUCCCCUUUUCUACCUGUGGGGCAAGGGACAAGGAAGGCACAGCUGUAUUUAAAACUAAGGCAAAAGGCCCAACCAAAGGAUUAAGGUGAUUGUGGCUCCCUGCAAUGCCACGGGGCCAGGCAGGAGGCACGGUGUGGACUGGGGGGACAAUAUUGCAAUGGAGCUGCUUUGCUUCAUCUGGGUGAAAAAACUCCAGGAAGCAGCAUGCUGGGAAUAAUCUGACUGUGGUAAUCACAGUGUGUCACCACGGAUGCAACAAACUGCUUAGGCUGGUUUUGUCUCUUAAGAAAACGUAGUCUGCAUUUCCAUCUAUCUGCAGCCAAAACACCGCAACAGAGGGCUGAGGCCAUCUAUCAAACCUGGGCAAUUACUGUAACCAGAGCUGAUAAAAGGUUUAUUAUUGUCUGAUACUGUAUCAGUAUGUAGCAAUAACUGUGAUACUACUUUUUUUGUAUGUCUGUUUUUAAACUACGUGUCUGUGCUGAAGCAUUGCCAAAUCCAAUGGUUUACUCGUAAACAUGCCACACACAGGCAGUCUGAGCGGGCAGCCAUGGUCUGACCACUGACACAGGAAAAUGAAUAGCUAAUUUAUCCCAGAGCUGCUGUUCCUGGCUGCCAGCGUCCAUUCAGCACAUAGGACCUGGAGAGGAAACUUGGCUUGAGACUGGCAUCCAUCUGCCCUGGCUGGGUGCCUUCAGCAAGGCAGCGGCCGGCUGCUGGAGGUGUUGGGUGGCUGCUCUGUUCCAGGACACCUUCAAAGGCAGCGGGUGCAGCACAGGCGAGUGCUGCCAGGCCCUUGAAGGACCCAACAUGUGCCAGGGUCUUGUGGCGAUUUAGGGUUCUACCUGUCCAUGUUGAGGCUUGGUCCUGUCUGACCUUCCAAAGCUGAGCACUGGGAACAGGGCCUCUGCUACCUGGAUCUGGAGGUGCUUGGCCCCAUGUGAAGCCCAGGCUGUGACUGCAUGGUCAGAGCACAAGUUCAUCCAUGCGGUCCUGAUCUUUCCCAACUGUGAACCAAGCCCGCUCUCCCCACACGGCCAGUGUGCGCUGCCUGCCUCGCACAGGCCCUGGCAAGGACACCUCUGACCUAUGAAAUUCAGGUGAAUCUCUUUGUAUAUUGUUUACUUGUUUUAAAAAAGGAGAAAAUAACUUAAAUUUAAGUCUGUAGAAACUGAUUUACAACUGCAGGCAGAGAAACCUGAGUUGUAAUAAAAAAAGCUUUGUGAGAUGUGGUGGGUUUUUUAUGUCAUGUAUAAUAAUGUAACACCAAUGUUACCGUUUGAUACAGCUUUUAAAUCUCUGAAAGGGCACUUGCUCUAAAGUGUUUCUUACAAAUGAAGAAAAAAGCCCCCUUUGUUUCUUAAUAAAUACGUUAUGGUGUGA